AAGGAUUCAUAGGAAAUUAAAAAGGAGAGAGAGGAGAGAAUCUUUCCACAUAGAAUGAAUCGCAAUGUCGUUACUACUACUACUUCUAAGUAGAUAUGUGCUCCAAAAAUGAGGUCACUUUAUAUGCCAAACUCCACUUUUCUCUCUUCUCAACCCCUAUUUUCUCCUCCUUUUUCUUCUCCUUCUCCUUCUCCUUCUCCUUCACUUCCCCAGUUCACUGUCUCAGGGAAAAAGAGUUUCGCUUUGCGUGCGCAAUAUAUUGAUUAUAAGAGUUUAAGAGAUUCGAUGGAAUCGGGAAAGGAAAAUUUGGAGUUGAAUAGAAACCUUUACCCAAUCAUAGAUUUUUAUAGUUCUGGAUUCUUGAAGGUUUCCGAUCUUCAUUCUAUCUAUUGGGAGCAAUCAGGGAAUCCAAUUGGCCAUCCUGUUGUCUUUCUUCAUGGGGGUCCAGGAGGAGGGACUUCACCUAAUAAUAGAAGAUUCUUUGAUCCUGAUUUUUACAGAAUUAUUUUAUUUGAUCAGCGAGGUGCAGGAAAAAGUACACCCCAUGCUUGUUUGGAAGAAAACACCACAUGGGAUCUCAUUGAUGAUAUUGAAAAGCUUAGGGAACACUUGAAAAUUCCUGAAUGGCAGGUUUUUGGUGGGUCAUGGGGAAGUACACUUGCCCUUGCAUAUAGCCAAUCACACCCAGAUAAGGUAACUGGGUUGGUCCUUAGAGGGAUUUUUCUCCUGAGAAAGAAAGAGAUUGAUUGGUUUUAUGAGGGUGGUGCUUCUGCUAUUUACCCUGAUGCUUGGGAACCAUUUAGAGAUCUUAUUCCAGAAAAUGAGAGAGGAUGUUUCGUUGAUGCUUACAGCAAGAGAUUGAAUUCUGACGACUUGGAAACACAAUAUGCAGCCGCUAGGGCAUGGACCAAAUGGGAAAUGAUGACCGCCCAUCUCCUUCCAAAUGAAGAGAACAUUAAGAAAGGGGAUGAUGAUAAGUUUUCAUUGGCAUUUGCGAGGAUAGAGAAUCAUUAUUUCUUGAACAAGGGAUUCUUUCCUUCAGAUUCAUAUCUGUUGGAUAAUGUCGAUAAAAUACGACAUAUAAACACCACAAUAGUACAGGGAAGAUAUGAUGUAUGCUGCCCUAUGAUGUCAGCUUGGGAUAUCCACAAAGUGUGGCCAGAGGCAGAUUUUAAGGUUGUGUCAGAUGCAGGACAUUCUGCUAAUGAACCGGGAAUAGCCGAAGAACUUGUCAUUGCCAAUGAAAAGCUGAAAAACUUGAUUAAGAAUGGACCUUAAAAAGGAGCAAAUUCUGAAAUGCUCUUUGACAAUUGGCAUGCACAGGGGAGUAGGUUUUUGAAUAAGUUGAAGCUGGCUAGUUUGAACACAACAUCAAUAAAAUAGUGGGUUUAUAUGUUGGAACUUUGUUGCUGCUUCUCAUUGUUGGCAAUGCCAAUAACUUUCAAGCUUGCUAUAUGUUUAUUAUGCGUUAAUAAUGUCGUUUACAUGCGUUUAUGGUCUAAAGUUGUUCUUAGUUUCAGUCUUUGCUGUCGUUUAUAAUUGUAUGUGUCGCUUGUGGUUUAAAAAUUAUUUGUCGUUGUGAAACUAUCGUCGUCCAACUUUAAGGUUGUUUCUUACGACAAGUUUGUCAUUUCAUUGUCUGAAAAGAUGACGAGAAAAUCCAAAAA